AUGGCAACGUUGAUGGAGGACUCCAUUUCUGUGUCUGCCACAGAUAUGGUUGAUGUCUCUCCUAGAGAAAGCCCCAUUAACGUUAGAAGGCUCCAUAAGAGAGCCUUCCUUGCCAGAGACAUAUCCUCUUCAUCUUCUGAGGAGGAUAUAGUCCCAGUUAGCAAAAGAAAAAAGAAGGCUUGCCUUUCCUCUUCAAGUUCCGAGGAUGAACUUGAUUUUGGUCCCUCUUCCCCUCAUUCUCGUUUGAGUAGUCGACAUUUUAAAGGGACA